ACGUUGGCAUUAGUUGACUGGCCGCCGGCGAGUGUACAUGUGUGAGGGUCUUUCGUGCGCGCCACUCGCAUUUAUUUGCCUCGUUUAUCCAGGAAAUUGGAAUAGCAUUGGUUAAUAAUUCAGCAAGCGCUAGAAAAGUAUCAGGUACGAGCAGCAUGUAGUGUAUAAUUACUAGUGAUAUGUAAAGAAAGCAAGAGUUGUUUUAUUAGCGCCGAGCUCGUACACAAAUAGAUGACUUUCAGGAUGUGGAAAAUACAAAGCUACACCGUCGAUCAGUGUGCUGGUGGGUGCUGUCCUGUAGCGUGGCCCACGCACGGGACUCACUGCCAGGCGCCAUGUUAAGUUUUAUUCACCAAAGGAUAUACACCGUGCACCGUCGGCCACCAUUACUGCCGCAGGUGUGAGUGUGGGUGCGUCGCACGCUGGUCCUUAUAUCUCCCGGAGCCGCCACGUUGGAACAUCAUACCCGGUGUGAGUCAGAAGCCUACAGCAGCUGUGAGUCGAUCACAGGUGUUGAGGUGCAGGUGUUGAGCAGGUGUGGCGGUGGUGGCGGGUAGGCGUCAUGACUAGCCCGCCGCCUAACGAUGGCCGCAUCACAACAACACACAUAUACCACCACUAAUACCCCACGCACCUUCUCCACUGGUACUGCUGUGUCUCCCGCUGCCGCCGCCGUUGCCGGGCCCAUUAGAGGAACUUCAGUCAUUAGGACGAGUGUGGGCAACGGCGAAGCAGUGAACCAGAAUGGCAUUGAGACCAACACUUGUUCGUCAUUAUCGCACCACGCCGAAGGAGGCAUCCGUUGUGUGAAGUCAAGUGUGUCUGCUUUUAACACACCGUACCACGGCUCACACAAGCCAGGUCCCAGACGCGCUCGGCCUUGCUCCUUGUGUGGCACCGCCGCCGCCCGCACGCACCCCGCCCUCGUGUCUGCCACAGCCCUUGCGCUCGUGGGACAGCCUGUGGUGCUCUUGCAUCGGCUGGAGGACGGCCUGCCGCAGGGAGAUGUGAACAGCCUGCGGGCGUAUGGCACGAUCCGCCUGCUACCCGUUCGCCACGACGCCCACGAGCACGGGAACGAACUCUCCCAGAAUGACGAUGUCUCAGACAAAGGGCUGAAUCAUGACAUGGCGCACACAAUCCUAAGUGAAGCCAGGAAGGAAGCCAGCAGCCCCGCCGUCUUCACGCGCCUCGACGAGGAAUACCAUGAUGGCUACAGUGUGCUUAGUGAUGACUCCCGCGUGGAUGUGUACAGUGUUAGAACCAGUGAUUGUGGCUCUGUGUUAGUGGAGAGUGGUGCUAGAACGGACGACACCAGUGGUAGUGCAGUGUUGAAUUACGAAUGCGACACCGAUGUCAACCCUUUAGGAAUUGUGAUCGAAAGUGUGGUAUCAGAAAAGGAUUUGGGAAUAGAUAAUUCCCGCUGUGGGAAAGACAAUGGCAUCAAUAACAAAGCUAAUAAGGAGGCUUUGUCAUCCAUUUCUUCUUUCACCUCCUCCCAUAGGCCUACCUCCACCCCUCCCCCGUCCCUCACUCCGCCAAGGGCGUGCUCACCGUCAGUCACAUCGUCUAACUGCGGACGCCCCUCAACGUCUGGCAUCUCAGCAACCAAAUCUUCGAAAAGAGAACGAACAUCUCUCCCCAAAGACACAAGUGUCCCUGAAGCAGACUCGCAGUCAGGCACAUCACACGACCCCACACCUGCGGGAACACCUGUGUCCCCUCACUUACCUUCAUCUGCAGCACAUGAAUUCCCAGCGCCAGACUCCUACGCCCACCCUGACCAGUUGCCAUAUAGGCCUCAGUCCAUACAAACGGCCAGUUACCGCCCACCAAACCAGGCCGCAAGCCUUCCCCUGCCGCCCAUCUCCCGUUUCGCCGCCUCCCCACCCACGACUUUCCCCUUACCCCCUCCCUACCCCGGCGCCCUCCUCUCGUCUCACCACAAAUGUACACCUCCUGUGCUGACCUCUCCAGCUCCCCCUCUCCCCCCUUCCCCUCCCCCGCUCCCACCUUCCCCGCCGCCUCUCCCUCCCACCCCUCCUCUGCCAAGCUCGGUGCCCCCCCGUCCGGAAUCCCUGCCCUCCCCUGCCUUCUUCCCCCUGACUCGAGACAUCGUCUUGCCGCCCGGAUUGCCUCCCCCCCUAGGCAGCCGCCCCUCCUCCCCUUACUCUCCUAGAACCCUUCCAUCCUCGCCCACCUCGCCUGCCUCCCCCCCGUCGGACGCCGACUCUCCUCCGUCUCCUACAGCGUCAGAUUAUUCGCCUCACUUGUCUCGUUCUCCCUCGCCCGCUCCGCCCGAAGACCGCAGGACGCCGGACCUUUACGCCGAGGCUGUGUGCGUGGACGAAGCAGGACCCGUCUCGCCGGCUAGUGACCUUAUGGGGAAGCCCGUGCUCGAUACUCACUCUGACCCUUUGCGUGACGCAGAGUCAGACACACGUGAUACAGAGGUUCAGUCACACGGGGAGAUACUGAAAAACUCGCAGAGUGAACCUUCAUUAGUGUACGAAACGGCACUGGAUGAAGGUAAUGAACCAACUUCGUACACUGGGUCUAAGUCUUCGCAAAUGGAUGAAACAAAAACAGACGAAAGACUCGGAGCACCACAUCAGCUAGAGUGUGAUCCAACGCCAGUCCAUGAGUCGUCUCCGGUCGACGAGAAUGAAGCCACAACAGUGCAUGAACCUCCUUUAGACCAAGAACACAUUGAAACAGGAAAAUUGGGGAAUAACCAAGGGUCAUUACCAGUAGCUGAGGAACCUAUUCCAGAGUCAGACCCUAUAACAAAUGCCAAGGUCUCAUCAGCGCCAGUAAUAGGCCAUGAAUCAAUUUCAAGCCUUUGCAAUAGUGCAGAACAGAUUGAUGCAAAAGAAGUUAUUGGAAGUGAAGAGAAAACUGUCGAAUUUGAAAAUGAGCAAAUGAGCCCCAGUCGCUUGCCGUUGAUUACUGAAGGAGAGACAUGUGGAAAUGGAGAAACUUCAGCAGACAAUCACGAGGUAGAGCCCUCUUUAAAUGCUGAAGAAGGUCUGAUGACAGACACCCGAGAUGAACUUUCCAAGGAUGGUGAAAAGACCAAAAUCAGUGAUAAUAAUGAAAAGGACCAUGUAGUUGCAAAAACGGACGAUGAGGUGGAUCAAAGCUGUGAUAAAGAUGAAGAACAAAUGAGAAAUAAGAUGGAUUCAAGCAAAGGACCUGUGAAGAUUAAGUUCAGGAUCCGAUCAAAGGCACACAAACAACCACCACUCAGCCAAGAAAAGCAAGAGUGUAAUAAGGAGAAUGGGAUACCAAAAAUAGUGUUGACGCUAAGAGGAAAUGGACCUAAUAAAGAAUAUUCUUGCUCAAAUAGGUUAAGGAACGAGGCCCAGAGCGGACAUGGCGAAAACCUAAACUUUAAAAAGCACAAGUCAAAGAAAGACAAGAAACAGAAAGGGAAAUAUAAAAACCGGAAUAAAAAGGGCGUGAAGCUUAAUAAGCACAAAAGACAUCUGGAAUUGUUCGGGGAAGACAGUAAUGACUCCAUGGAGGUCACCAGCGACCAAGUAGCUGUCGUAAACGGCCGCGGCGACACGGCCGACCGAAAGACUCCUGCUUUGCCAAACGAUUCUCGGGAGCCUCUGGCGUUCCCCACACUGGGUGAGUCUCCCUACCCUAGCGAUGAUGAUUUCCCAUCACUGCCUGUUAAGAAGCACUCUUAUGCCUUUAGUGUUAAAGUUGAGAGAAUUUGUGAAAAAGUCAAACACAGCCCCACUAAUGAAUCUUUGGAUGACUCUCUUUCCGAUUCUUUGCCAGAUUUGGAACCUCUAGCGAAUCCAGACACUGAUUCUGGUAUCAACAGCUCUGGGGCCUCUAAGCUGCAGAAUACCAAAGAUGUUUUGGAAGAGACUGUCUCUAAAGAUAUGGCAAUACAGGAUAAUGUAGUUGUCACUGAAGGGGACCCUGUGAAUGAUAACAUUAACGAUGCUCAAGAUGACGGAUCUCAGACAGUCGACUCUGCAGAGACUGAGGUGGAGGGGGAAGAGGAUUCAAGAGUAAAAACUGAUUCGCCGAAAGUGGAUGUAGCUGAACUUAAUACAUGUGAUGAUGUGGAAGAGAAGAAAGAUAUUGAUAGAUUGAUGUGCACUGUUGAAACCAAAGAAGAAAAUUCAGAUCCACUACCACUUGAAAAGUCGGAAAGAAAGGAGGAAGAUGCUACGGUCGAAGAUGAAAAUAUAAAUACUGAGGAAAUGGAAGACAAGAACGAGUCACUUGUGACACCUGAAAAGACUGAAACUGCUGAAAGUGAAUCUGUGUUAGAAAAAGAUACUAACGAGACAAACUCUCAGGCCAUGAUGUACGCUCCGUCCCUACCUCAGAAGAUACGUGAGCCAUCACUACCUCAGAAAUCCCGUGAUCUCACCCAACCAGAGAAACUACGUGAGCCGUCCACACCAGGAAAGUCAGGCGACCCUUCCCCCUCCCCACAGAAACUACAAGAUCCGGAAACAUCGCCAAAGGACGUCUCUCAGAAAACCAGCAGCCACGAAAACACAAGAGGAUCCUCUUUAAGAAGCCGUAGAGAAAGUAGGAUGAAGAAUUCGAAAUCAGACAGAGAUUCUGACUCUUGCCUGUGGGUGAGUUUUGGAGUUGAUGGACCAGUACCUCUACCCACAAGUGAUAUGCCGAGCUUAGAACCCUUUUUGAGUGACGCAGAUGAUUCCAAGACAGAGGAGGAGGAUAAGAAAGAGGAAAAUGGCGAAAAUAAGGGAAUUCCCAAGAGUGAAGAUAAAGACAAAGGAGCUGUAACACAUAAUAAUGAAUGCUCUCCAAAAGUCAGCACACCUGAAGAGACCAUGGAUUCGCCACCUACAAAUCCGUUGAAGCAAGAUUUCCUGACUUCUAUUGACCGUCUUGUGAAGAAGCAAACCAAAUUCCUUGAACAAGAAAGUACUCACGAAGAGUGUACAUCCAGCAAGGCGAGUGAAGUUUCUGAUGAUCUGACAGACAAAGCAGAUGCGUCAAACCAUACAGAAGACAGAAGAAUAUCUAGAAGAAAUAGCAGAAGGUCCACGUGGAGGAAGGUAAGAAAAUCGAUGGAUAAACGUAGGAAAGCUUAUAGAAGGAAAAAGGCUUUGGCUAUGGCGAAAGAGCAGAACCAGAAAGCUGAAGAAGACCCAUCUUGUGAUCCCGAGAGCGAAAGCACCAGUGACAAAACAGAGGCUCAGACGCCUGACAGCGCUGAAGGUGAAAGCAAAAAAACUGAACCAAACACUGAGGCCAAAGAAAGCCAGAAAGUUUGUGAGAAUAGUGACAGACCUUCCGAUGUGCAAAGUGAAGAUGACUCGAGUCAAUAUUAUAGGCCAAAGAAAAUGCAAAGAGUGCAAAGAAAUAGGUCAUUGCAGCCCACUUCCAAUAGUAGAAUCGGGCUUGAUGCAAAAGAAACAGACAAACCAAGUACUGAGCAGGAGGAAAACAUCCAAGCAAGCCCAAAGGAGCAAACUGGCGAAGGGCAACACGCAGCAGCUGAGGGACCUGAAGUUAGUGCUGAUGGUCCAGAAACAAUGGAACAUGAACAAGACACAACUUGUUCCGUAUCAAGUAGUGUAAAGUCCGAUCUGGAAAUGGAUAAUUCUGAAAGAACUAGUGAUGGUGAUAGCACAAAAAGUGAACAAGGAGAUAGUGUAGGGGGCCCUGUAGUCCCCCAUGAUCCGGAAUUCGAAAAGGUUUGGGGAAAAGAGAGAAAACUGCGGAUACGGCGAAUGAAAAGAGCGGCUUUGAAGGCGAAUGUGCGUAGCCAAGAUAAGUCUCAGGACAGUUCACCUGCUGCAGGUGUAGAUGCUAGGAAUGGCCAGGAUACCGCGGUUCCAGAUGAAUCCUCUCUCUCGAAGGAAAAAACGUCUAGUGAGGAAGAAAAGACAAAAAAGAAACGAGGCAGGAGGAAGAAAGAGGAAGGAGGCUCAGAUUCGGACACAAGUUCUCUUUCUGAAGGUGGCGUAGGUCGAGCCACCGCUAUCCAGGAGGCGCAGCAGCGUCGGGAGGUCCUGCACGAGGAGGAGCGAGGAAGACGUCUCGCGCAGGAGAUCAAAGGAUUCAACUGGCUAGAGCAGAAAAUCAAGAGUCGAGUCCUUGCCACCUCAGGAUCCACUUCCUCCACCUCUUCCACUUCCUCUACCUCUUCUUCCUCUUCCUCCUCCUCUUCCUCCUCUUCCUCGUCCUCCGACCCCACCACACCCAACACGCCCACGGCCCGGCGGAGGCCCCUCUUCGUGACGAGGAGCGCCAGCCUGCCCGCGUGCAAGACCUCGGUGCCCGGCGCUCCUCCCUCCUCGCCCGUCUCCUCGGCGGCCAAGAGGAAGGAGGUCGAGAGCAGGAGAAUGUCUUUGUGCGGACCCGUCGGACUGCGAGGCCACCUUCAGGCUGCUGUUCCGCCCCUGGGACCUGGACCCCGCGUCACAGCCGUACCAAAGCGCCGUAUGUCACCGACUGAACCUACAACCUCAACGGCGCCGCAGGGAAGCACUCCUUCAGCAUCGGAAGCCACCCCUUCCCCUAUCCCCAUCACAAAUGAAAAUGUGAGUGUCACAUCGGUCUACGACAACCGAAGCUACCUCACUCCGACAGGAUACCACCCGACGGAGCCCAACAGAGCUGUCUUAUACAGUCGAACGGACUACACUACGGCUACACUGUAUGGUGUGCCUAUUUCCAGCGUGCCGCCACUUUAUUACGACCAUCCUCCUCUUGCGUCUGGAACGUUCUACAAAGACACGGCCUCAAGCCAGACCAGCAGUUUUUAUGGAUCCACGAAUACCACACCACCGCUUAUGUCGUCCAUCCAGAGUGUAAAAUCUCCGAACUCCCCUCCACCCGCCCCUCCGGGUUCCUCAGCUCAGCAAGUUGGCUCUAGUUCUUCCGGGUCCAAGUCCUCGUCAGGACACAUAACAGAUUCCUCUCCUGGUUCCUUUAUGUCGUUGGUUUGUGACGAUGUUGAGAGUCCUGUUCUUUCGUCCUAUGUUGGCCGUAAAGAGAGCAUGCGUUCUGUCGGGCCCUGUGUUAUUCUGUCGCCUGGAAAUCCUCCCUAUUCAUCCACUGUCUUGGAUGAGGGCCCAGCUGGUCUCCAAAGAGCAAGCAGUAUUACUUCAAAUACUUCGUCGUCGCCAGCAACAAGCCCUGGCUUAAUAUUCUCACACAAGCACGCGCUCCUCAAGCGAGCCAUAAGCGACAUGCUAAGGAGCGACUCGGAAAAUUCGGAAGAAUCCUCAAAGCAGGAUGAAUCAACGCCAAAAUACGCGAACAGCACAGAACCACCGGAAAAAAUCACAAAACACGAAGAUAGUGAGGCCCAGCCAAACGUAGAAUCAUCCAUAACUGAGAUUAAUCUUGCUUCGCCAAAAAGUGAUCCCUCUCCAUCUGUACACAACAAAAGCGUGAUCAAGAAUGCGGGGAACAUAAAAAAGGAGAAAAUAAACAUACCUGAGGAACCACAAGGAUUCAUCAGCCUCAUUUCGCCGAAAGAGGGCGAAGAAUCCAAAGAAGAGGACGUGAAGCCAGUGGUAAGUGAAGCUAAUAAGAGAGAGCUCCAGAUGCUUCAAGAGUUACCAGAGACGGUGAGACAUAAGGUAAUGAAAUCUAUGAGUGAAAGUGGCUGUAAAUUUGAUGACAUUAAAGUGGAUACAAAACCGUCCGAAUCUGCGGAUGAAAAGUAUGGACGUGGAGAUAUGCAGUCAUCGUUACUUACGGCACUGUACGAGGAGUUGAUGAAAACGAGACAGGAAGUCGAAAAGCUGAGGAAAGUCCAAGAACUUAUGUUGACAGAAAAAGAAGAUAAAAAGGACGAUUGUAAAGGGGAAAUGAUGAAAGUGGGAAAAGAUAGCUCUGCCCCAGAAAAGAAAGUUGAAAAGAGAAAGUAUCUAGACCUUACAAAGGAUGAUGAAGUGUCUGAGGAAAGUAAGCCUGUCUUACAACCGGAAGUUAAAGUGGCAAAAAUUGGCAUUAGGAGUGACCUUUCAGAGGAUUCUGCAAAAAAAUCUCAAACUCCAGUUAGUACCUCCAGGAACUUUGCAGAUUUUACAUUGCCUCCUACUGGUCAUAAGUAGUCCUUCAGAAGUAGGCAAGUCAUUCUUCAUAUGAUAGAAUCAGCUCACUUGUUUCAAAUCCAACAGUAACUCAGACUAUUGCUAUCCCAAGCAGUGUGAUCACUACUCUUGUGCAGUCUGGUGUAAGUCUGUCAAGCACAAGUCCUAACUUAGCUAAAAUCAGCAGUCAGAUUGAAAUAACAAGUUUGCCUGCACUAUCAACUAGCCCCAUUGUACUGCAGUCUUCUUCUCUUCCAAGGACUAGUCCAGUAUUGCCACAGACAAGUCCAGUAUUACCCAGGGCAAGUCCUGGACUGUCAAGGACAAGUCCGCCAGGCUCUAGAACAAGUCCUGCAGUUGCAAGAAUAAGUCCAUCAUUGUCAAGAAUAAGUCCAUCAUUAUCUAGAACCAGUCCAUCAUUACCUAGAACUAGUCCUUCAUUACCUAGAACUAGUCCUUCUUUACCAAGAACGAGCCCAGGAUUGGCAAGAACCAGUCCUGCUGCAAGUAGUGCAAAAGAGAGAUUACCAGCAGACCUAGGGGCUAACAAAUUUCGAGCACUGUUUGGCACUAAUUCGGAAGUAGAAGUUAUGCCCAUAACUCCAGGAGAAAAAGGUAACUCAUACGAACCACAGCAGUCAAGCUUUCUAAGGCUAUUAGAUGAGCCACAGCAGCAUCAGCAGGAAUCAUCACUUUUACUAAGUGCUGUUCGGGGUCAGAGGCGGGAAGUGGAGAUCACUGCAUCACGUGAUGGAACUGUGUUCCGUCAACCUCAUGAGGAUAGACGCCCACAUCAGACACAGCAACAUGAUGUUGAAAGGAAAAAAACUCAUUACUCAACAUCAGACCUUCCAGAAUUUCCACCAACAACACAUAAACCACCUCCUCCACUCAAACCUGUACCUUCAGUUUUAAGAAGACAUUCAGAAAGUCACGACCCUCGAGACCCAAUGCUUCAUCGGCUCAUGUAUCAAAAUAAUCAUUCUAGUCCUGCAACUUCCACGACAAGUUCUUUGUCGAUUGACCAUCAUACAGCAGCUUCUUUGUACUCUUUUACUCAGCCGAAGUCCAGCCCUACACAGCAUCCCCCACCAAUUCAGAGUGGCCGGAGAAGUAGUGAGGGUAGUUCUGAUAUGGCAAGAGAGCACCAACAUGCUAUAGCUAUGAAUAUGCAGCAACAUAUGUAUCGACAGCAGCAUUUACGACCAAGCCCACCUUUGAGUCUUGGGAAAGAUAAGGCAACCAUUUUUCCGAUACCUCCACCAGCACCUGCUGUGAGACCUUACAGAUCUCCUCCACCACCUUCUACAAGACCUCUGGAACAGUAUCAAUCAUCCAUGAUGGAUCCAGCGUCAACAGAGGACUUGUACCGAUCCAAUCUUCAGUUUUUUGAAAGAAUAAAGCAGAACAUUCACCAGACUUGUGAUGCAAAUCUAAGCCUCCAAGAAAGAGGAGGCUUUGUUGGAUCUGAGAGGGGAAUUGCUGCCCAUGACAGGAUGCAGUCCCCAGCCGGCUCUGUCGACAAGCCUCCUCAGCCACAGACUUUUGUCCCACGAGUCCUGGUCCGAAAUUCCAUUCCUGAAUCAAACCCUCGUUUGCCCCACAUCCCUCCCCCUUACCCAGGCCCAUCUUAUGUUGGCCAUAAUCCUCAUCUAACAGGGCCAUUGCAACCAAAUCAUCCUGGCCAGUAUCCAAACAAUAUGCAUCACAGUUCAGGCACAGCAAUUCACCAAAUGGCCCCUGCUGGACUUAUUCCUGGUAUGCAUCAGCCUUCAGUGAUUAUGACCAGCCCAGAUAAUGCAGUUCGGAGUAAGAAUGGUGGUGCUGGUACUGUUGAUAAAAAGCAGUGUUUGAAUAACUGCCCUCAACAAGCACGUUUUCUAUGUUCUGGCUGCAAGAAGGCUUGGUACUGCUCUGAAAAAUGCCAGCGUGAGCACUGGGCCAUGCACAGUCAGUCUUGUUCUCCUUGAACCCAGAAAAUAAUUAGAAAGUGUGUCUACAUAUUGGAAAGCAGUUAUUAAUGAAGUUUUACAGUCACCCAAAAAGUGUGAUAUUCGUCGUGACCUGAGUUCAAUUUAUAUUAUUUAAGCUAUAAAAAAUUGUAUAAUGGAAUUCUUGAUACAUAAACUGAAAUUGUUACUAGAAUUCAGGGUAGCAAUGCCUUAAGUAAUAUUUGUGACUAAAGUUUAAAAUGUUCCUGGCUGUGAAAUAGCCCCUUUGAUUUACUUGCAAGAGACAAGUGUGAAGAAUUGAGUGUUCAUUAUUUUAGCAAAUGUCUGGAUACUUGGACCACGAGCCAUGUGAUCUGUGUUCUGCAAUAAAUAAUUUUGAGAUAUAACCAAUAGUCUCCUGUGAGAGUUACUACUACUUAGGCUAAAAUAAAAUAUAGAAAAGGAAAGAGGAAACAAAUAAGACUUUGUUUUGGUUGUUAUACUGAUACAGUGCGUGUAUCAUAGAUUCUUAGUGUACAGUAAGAGAGAAUUUUUUGUCUCUAAAAUAUUUUACAGGAAAAAAGUAUUAUCUUAUGGAAGAAAAAUCAGGUUAGUGUCAUUUAGAUUGAUAUUUUACAGUUCAGAGAAAAAAAUCCUCUUCUCCAAAAGGAAAAAGGAAAGGGAAAACAUGAAUAGUUGUUCAGACUUUGAAUGUGAAUGAAGAAUGAUAUUUAGUGUUAUUCCCUUUAGUGAUGUGAAAAUUAAUAGGAAAGUUAACUUGUAUGUGGAGCACAUUUUCCCCCAACUAUUUUAUGGUAGUCAUAAUGAAAACUUAAUGUAC